UACAACCUGAGGUUCCUUGCUCUGUUUGUAGCCUUCGCUAUCAACUUCAUCCUGCUUUUUUAUAAGGUCACUGAAGAACCUUUAGAAGAAGAGACAGAGGAUGUUGCAAACCUAUGGAAUUCCUUUAAUGACGAGGAAGAGGAAGAAGCGAUGGUAUUCUUUGUCCUUCAGGAGAGCACCGGGUAUAUGGCACCAACGCUGCGGGCCCUGGCCAUCAUCCACACCAUCAUCUCUCUUGUCUGUGUGGUGGGCUACUACUGCCUAAAGGUGCCUUUGGUGGUAUUCAAAAGGGAAAAAGAAAUCGCCAGGAAGCUGGAGUUUGAUGGCCUAUAUAUCACCGAACAGCCAUCUGAAGAUGACAUCAAGGGGCAGUGGGACCGCUUGGUGAUCAACACACCAUCUUUUCCUAAUAACUACUGGGACAAGUUUGUAAAGAGAAAGGUGAUCAACAAGUAUGGAGAUCUCUACGGAGCAGAACGUAUUGCUGAACUUCUGGGUUUGGAUAAAAAUGCUCUUGACUUUAGCCCAGUAGAAGAGACCAAAGCAGAAGCGGCUUCUCUGGUGUCAUGGCUAAGUUCCAUAGACAUGAAGUACCAUAUCUGGAAGCUUGGAGUUGUUUUUACUGACAAUUCCUUUCUCUACCUUGCCUGGUAUACAACCAUGUCAGUCCUGGGCCACUACAAUAACUUCUUCUUUGCUGCUCACCUAUUGGACAUAGCAAUGGGCUUCAAGACACUGAGGACCAUUCUGUCAUCUGUAACUCACAAUGGCAAACAGUUGGUUCUGACUGUCGGUCUCCUGGCCGUGGUGGUUUAUCUCUAUACUGUGGUGGCUUUCAACUUCUUCCGCAAGUUCUACAACAAACGUGAAGAUGAUGACGAGCCCGAUAUGAAGGGCGACGACAUGAUGACGUGUUACCUUUUCCACAUGUACGUGGGAGUGAGAGCAGGAGGUGGCAUUGGUGAUGAAAUUGAAGACCCUGCUGGUGAUCCUUAUGAAAUGUAUCGCAUUGUCUUUGACAUUACCUUUUUCUUCUUUGUCAUUGUCAUCUUGCUGGCCAUCAUUCAAGGUCUUAUUAUUGAUGCUUUCGGAGAGCUAAGAGACCAGCAGGAACAAGUGCGAGAAGAUAUGGAGACUAAAUGUUUCAUCUGUGGGAUUGGCAAUGACUACUUUGACACAACCCCUCAUGGUUUUGAAACACAUACAUUACAAGAGCACAACUUAGCCAACUACUUGUUCUUUCUGAUGUAUUUGAUUAAUAAAGAUGAAACAGAGCACACAGGUCAGGAAUCUUAUGUCUGGAAGAUGUACCAAGAAAGGUGUUGGGAUUUCUUCCCAGCCGGUGACUGCUUUCGUAAACAAUAUGAAGAUCAGCUUGGAUAA